CCUGAGGAGAGAAUUGAUGAAAAGGUAAGUACUUUCAUAUUUUUUUUUCAUUUUUCUUAAACCAUGCUGCCAAGUAAUUGCCCCUUUUUUGCUAGGAUUGCCAUCUACAAUUCCCCGCAUCUCCCUUCUGUUCCCAUCAUUCUUUGUACCCCAUCCUUAUAUCCUUUAAUGGCACCCGAAUCCCCUCGAGUGCUCUGUUCUCUUGCAUAAAACUACCAAACCAUACGCAAUUUCCACCCAACAAAGUCCAAAUUUGACACUCUGAGGCUCUCUUGCCCUGGCCGUUAUCUUUCCCCAUCAGCAAAGCAUGUCUGAUCAGAACAAAAAGUACACCGUCGGCCGGAUCUGUGCCAUACCUACGGACCUCGUUGCCGCGCAAGCUUUUCUCGACGAAAAGCACGAAGGUCCAGUAUAUGUGGAUCCCAACGAUGCCAAGAGCUACACAUUGGCUGGUAAAGCAAAUGUUGCGGCAACCUGCGCGGAAAUCUGCGAUAAGACUGUUCCGUCUCACCAAGAGCACCGAGGAUGCAACAUAAACAAAAACCGCGUGGAAGACCGAGUAGAGGGCACAUACGAGUGGUUCCUCGGACACAACAACUUCCGGAAAUGGUUAAAACAAGAAGAGUCGGGGCCGGUGCUGGUCUCAGCGGACCCAGGGUGUGGAAAAUCGGUCUUGACCAAGUACCUGAUUGACCGACCAGAACACCGUGCGCCAAGCACUUUGUGCACUUCUUCACCAGCUGUUCUCCCAGAAGCCUUCACUGCGAUAAAACCAUGCGACGAAAACGGGCCAGGUCUUAUCAACUCAACUAACCCUCUCUCUCUGUGGACUAUCCUAGGAGAUGCUGUGCGGGAUCCCGAGGCCGGACCUGUUAUCAUUGUACUGGAUGCCCUGGACGAAUGCGAUGCGUCAGAGUUAGCGGACUUGGUGCGGAAUGUGUCAGGCCAAUUCCGCAGCAGCCAGUUAGGCUAUGGAAAGUUGAAAUAUAUUCUAACGAGUCGCCCGUAUGAGCAGAUCGAGUCCAAGUUCCAGGCCCCUGUCGGACUGUUUUCCGCCAAUCCGUAUACCAGGGGGGAAAAGUCGGAAAAAAUUAGUGAAAAGGUGGAUCUCGUCAUCAAAUACCGAGUCAAACGGUUGUCAAGGGAGAAAGUGCUAUCAGCCCAAAUAAAGAGUCACCUGGAGAAUAGAUUGCUCAAAAUUCAGCACCGUACAUACCUUUGGGUAUAUCUCGUGUUUGAUUACUUGAGGGCAGAAGACUCUAAAAAGACAUCAAGAGGAGUCGAUUCCGCUGCCAAAGAGUAUCACAAAUCAGAGUCGAUUCACGACCUCGACCUAGAAGAAGAAGGACUUGAAGGUUCGCCUCAGAUAUUGGUGUGGAUUAUCUGCCAUCAUCUACGACUAUUCCCAAGGACCUACACUAGCAUCACUUUAUCACUAUCCAUAAUGCACACCGCACCCUUGCAGAGCCCCUGUGUUCGCUAUCUUAACCUCUUCAACUCUGAAGCUAGUCUUGUGACAGAUACAACUGCGGAAGCCAGCCCCCACAUUGCUAGACACGCCUUCUUGAACUAUUCGGCCGAACUUUGGACUCUUCACUUCCGCGAGGUCCAUAUCAACAAUGACGAUGCUACCAUAACACGUCUCGCCUUGAGAAUAUCUGACCCGGAUUCGAGGGCCUAUUCAGUGUUGUUCCGAAUUUGUUGGCGCGCUGGACGGCAUAGACAUGUGCGAUACCCUGGGUUUUCUAUAGGUCUCAUGGUGGUAUCAUAUUUUGGACAUAGUGCUGUCGCUAAGCUGCUGGUGGAUAAAGACGCAGACCUGGAGCCAGCAGAUAAAUAUAGCAGGACACCACUAUUUUGGGCUGCAAGGGCUGGGCAGGAGGCAGGUGUCAAGCUGCUGCUUGAGAAGGGUGCCAAUCUGGAGUCAAAAGAUGAAGGUGACGAUGUGACACCACUUCUAUGGGCUACAAAGACUGGGCAGGAGGCAGUGUCAAGUUGCUGCUUGAGCAGGGCGCCAAUAUGGAGUCAAAAGAGAGAUACAGUCUGA